ACUUUUUACCAGACAUUAUAUUUGUAUUAGUUGAAACAAAUUGAUGAUUGUUGAAAAUUAAUUAUUAUUGUUAACAAUGGAUAUUGGAGAUUCACAAUUACGUCGGUUGCGUGUAACAGAUGAAAUAGGAACAAAAUGUCAGAAAUUAUUUCAAGAUUUUCUAGAAGAAUUUAAGGAAGAUGGUACGAUCAAGUAUGUGGAAGCUGCUAAAGAAUUAAUAAGUCCAGAACGCAGUACAUUAGAAGUAUCCUUUGAUGAUGUUGACUCCUAUAACCAAGCAUUAUCUACAACUAUAGUUGAAGAAUAUUACAGAGUAUAUCCAUUCCUUUGUCAAGCAGUGUCAAAUUUUGUAAAAGAUAGAGGUGAACUGACCAAAGAUAAAGAAUGCUAUAUAAGUUUUGUCGACGUACCAACAAGACAAAAGCUUAGAGAAUUGAAUACGACCAAGCUUGGUACUCUCAUUCGUAUAUCAGGGCAAGUUGUUAGAACGCAUCCUGUUCAUCCUGAAUUAGUACUCGGUACCUUUAUUUGUAUGGAUUGCAAUGCAACCAUUAAAAAUAUAAAACAACAGUUUAAGUUUACAAAUCCAACAAUUUGUCAUAAUCCUGUCUGUAGUAAUAGACGUCGGUUUAUGUUAGAUGUGGAUAAUUCUGUAUUUGUAGACUUUCAAAAAGUAAGAAUGCAAGAAACACAAGCAGAAUUACCUAGAGGAUGCAUUCCACGUUCUCUCGAAGUUAUUUUAAGAGCAGAAAUAGUAGAAAGCGUACAAGCUGGUGAUAGAUAUGAUUUUACUGGUACGUUAAUAGUAGUACCAGAUGUAGGUGCAUUGGCUUUACCUGGUGUAAGAUCUGAGCCUAUGUCAAGGCAUAAACAGGUUGACCAAGAUGAGGGUUUUACAGGACUUAAAGCACUCGGUGUCAGAGAUUUAACAUACAGAAUAGCAUUCCUUGCUUGUAGUAUAACAGCGACAAGUCUUAGGUUUGGUGGACAUGAAAUGGUUAUGGAAGAAAUAUCCCAAGAAAUGAUGAAAAAACAAAUGACCGAGGGAGAAUGGAAUCGAAUAUAUGAAAUGAGUCGUGACAAAAAUCUUUAUCAAAAUCUAUCAACCAGCAUGUUUGCUGCGAUACACGGUAAUGAAGAAAUUAAAAAGGGAAUAACGUUAAUGCUUUUUGGAGGAGUUGGGAAAACUACUGAGGAGGGAACGUCGUUAAGAGGAGACGUUAAUUGUUGUAUAGUUGGAGAUCCAAGUACUGCUAAAUCGCAGUUUCUUAAAAGCGUUACUGAUAUGUCACCUAGAGCAGUUUAUACAUCUGGUAAAGCAUCUAGUGCAGCUGGUUUAACUGCUGCUGUAGUCCGAGACGAAGAAUCUGGAGAAUUUGUAAUCGAAGCUGGUGCUUUGAUGCUUGCCGAUCAUGGCAUUUGUUGCAUCGAUGAAUUUGAUAAAAUGGAUCCUAGAGAUCAAGUAGCCAUACACGAAGCUAUGGAACAACAAACAAUUUCAUUGGCUAAAGCUGGCGUAAGAGCUACUUUAAAUGCUCGAACAUCUAUACUGGCAGCAGCUAAUCCUAUCGGUGGUCGUUACGAUAGGAAAAAAUCAUUACAGCAAAACAUUUUAUUAUCAGCACCUAUUAUGUCGAGAUUUGAUCUUUUCUUUAUUUUAGUAGACGAAUCUAAUGAGAUAAUAGAUAAUGCUAUCGCUAAAAGAAUAGUUGAUUUACAUUGUGACAAUAUACAAGAUAUCGAGGUCAUAUAUACUCAAGCUGAAAUUAUAAGAUAUAUCAACUUUGCGAAAUAUUUCAAGCCUGUUUUAAGUAAGGAAGCUUCAGAACUAUUGAUAGAAUGUUAUACAACGAUGAGACAAAGGACAGGUAGUGGUUCUGGAAAAUGGAGAGUCACAGUAAGACAAUUGGAAAGCAUGAUCAGAUUAUCAGAAGCAUUAGCUAAACUCGAAUGUGUAGAUGAAGUUACUGUUAAACAUGUUAAAGAAGCUAAACGUUUGUUGAACAAAAGUAUCGUUACGGUUGAACAACCGGAUAUUGAUUUAGAGGAUGUAGACAUGGAAGCAAACUCAGGUGUAAGAAUAGAUGAUCCACCACCACUUAUGGCUGCGUUCAAUGAGAUGGAUCAGGAUGAUAAUAAUGCGCCUACUUCACCAACAACUGAACAACCAGAAGUACAAAAGAAAAAGCUUACCAUGUCAUUUGAGGAAUAUAAAAAUUUAUCAAAUAUGUUAAUACUUUACAUGCGAAACGAAGAAACUCGCGCCGAAAACGAAGAUGAUGGUAAAGAAAGUGGAAUACGUAAAUCCGAUUUGGUAGUAUGGUAUCUCGAUCAAAUACAGGAUCAAAUAGAUUCUGAAGAAGAAUUGUUAGAGCGUAAAAAUUUCAUUGAAAAGAUUGUUGAUAGAUUAACUUAUCAUGAUCAAAUUAUUAUACCUCUUACUACGAAAGAUUUAAAAAGUAAAGGUAAAGAAGCCGAGGAAGAAGAGGAAGAUCCUUUGUUAGUUGUACACCCUAAUUAUGUUUUAGAUAUGUAAUAAUUUUGUUAAUAUUUUCAGUAACAAAUUUCAUACCAAUUCAAGUGCCUUCAAAUUGCUGAAUAUUUUUAUACCUUUCAUCAUAUUUUGUAAUACGUCGAAAGAU